UGAAGCCUUGCAAAGUGAUGCAGUGGUGAUACAAGGCGGUAGGAAGUAGGAAAGCAUGCAUCUGCAGUGAGGUUUGCCAAAUUGUGUUUUUUCUUUUUUGUGUGUGUGUUGGAGAUAGCGGGUAUGUGAUUCCGUUCGGCCCCACCCCUGCGCUUCUUCUGCCCGACUCCCUCAGGAUAUUUUUAGCCCCUGAUGGUGAUGUGUCCUCCUGUAUCACGUAACGGAAACAAGCUCCCACCAACCGAACACAACCUGGUCUACUUUGUUGGAGUCAUCUGAAGAGGGAAUGAGAUGGAAUCUGUUAUGAAUUUGGAGUUUUGCUUCUUGGUGUUUCUUGCUGGUUCAUAUCAGGCAAGAGGUCAAAGUGUGGUUUUGACUCCAGUCGCCACCCUGCAGGCCUCACUGCAUCCCGCUGGCGCCUCGGGGGUUCCUGACCUGACGAAAGGUCGUGUGGAUGGCGGCCAACAUCAAAUAUAUAAUCCGGUAGAUGAUACUGCAACCGCACCGACGCUUACUCAUCAGACGAUGGAAGCGACAUCUCAACCUUUCACAACAUCACAGCCUGGAACCCACGCAGCUGCUCCACACGGCAGUUCCCCCGCUACAACACUAGAGGGCAUGACCGAACAUCCCUUGAGCACCUUUUCAUCCCAGGACGCAAACACCUCCACUCAGCCUCAACCAGUGACAUCAUGGAGAGUAACCACCACAGCAGGACGCCCUCUGACCUCUCACAUAGGCCAAGACCCUGCUGGGCCGCAUCACCUGGAAGUCCCCUCUGAACUUAAUGUAGGCGAUGAAGAACACAAAAGGCUCCACAGUCCUCUAAACCCCCUCCUUGCUGGUCUGCUCUGCGUCUUCAUUGUCACCACUGCGGUCGUCUUCAUCAUCCUCUUUAUGCGCUUCCGCCAACGGACCAACAACCCGGAGUUCCACCGUCUCCAGGAUCUUCCCAUGGAUGAUUUGAUGGAAGACACACCCCUCUCCAGAUACACUUACUGAUGGACGUCCGCAAAAAGAAAUACCAAAGGAGGAACUGGAUCUGUGCAGAACCUUCACCAAGAUGCAGCUGCAUCUCUUUCAUGGCUUCCUACAACUGAAAGUCAGUGUGAGUCAGUGGUUCCAAGAACGGGAUACAGUGGAUUUUUUUUUUCACAUUCCAUGUACAGUUCGAUAUUACAUAAUUUCAGACGAAUGUCUUCACCUCCGAUUUGACUACUUAGGUACACACAGCACUUUAAUGUGACAUGAAAAGGUCACCAUAGCCUCUAUAGGGGUCACGCUUAAAAUGUAAAUAUCAUUUGUGAAGUCAUCACAAGCAGCAAAUGUCUAAAUGACUAAAAACAUGUAAUUUAUUGGUAUUAUAUAAUGUUUAAUGCAAAUAUGCUAGAGCCAAGCUGGUUUUACCUUGUGCUGUUGAUGAAUAUUAGGCGGUUUAAUUGUGCACUGUAAGAUAUACAUAAUUGUGUUUGAUAAUAAAAUAACACAGGAGUGGUGUGGA